GCCCCGCCGCCCCGCCAUGGCGCGCGCCGUCACCGAGUGGUCGUACUUUUGAACCCAGCCGGCACCCUGAAGCAAGUGCAGCAAGGACAGCCGGCCGCCGCCAGCAUGUCGUCCGCCCCCCGUCCGCCACGCCCUCGAGAACGCCGUGUCCUCGGCCGCGGCGGUCCGGCCAGCGCGGCCAGCGCGGCCAGCCAGGGCUGAGGACAUGUUCUCGUCGCUGCGGCUGGCGCGCGCCCGGAGCCAGAGCAGCACGACGAGCUGCGCGGGCGGCGGCGACAAGGAGGCCGCCGUCAACGGCGACGCCGACAAGCACGACAAGCACGACAAGCACGGCGACAGGCACGUGGAGAGGCACGUGUACCAGGUGACGCCCACGCCCACGCCGCAGGGCCUGUCGUCCUGCCCCACGUCGCCGCUGCUCUCCGGCAAGCCGCCCAAGACCCCCAAGACGUCCCGCAGCCUGGUGCGCAGGGGCUCCUCCAAAUGGGGCCUGGACAAGGCGCUGUGCCCGUCCAUCGGCAGCCUCCGCGACCGCGUCGCGUCGCGAUGGGACGACGACGACCCUCUCGGCCGGCCGGGCCGCGGCAGCCGCGGGUCGCAGUCCGACGUGUGCACGUGCUCCAAGGUGACGCGGGUGGCGGUGACGCGCGAGGACGGCUGCCUGGGCAUCACGGUGCGCGGCGGCGCGCCCGCGGCCCUGGUCAUCACCAGCGUACAUCCCGGGGGACCCGCCGACCGGGAGGGCUCCAUCCGGCCCGGCGACCGGCUCCUGGCCGUUGACGGCACCAACCUGCAGCUGGCCGACCUGUCGACGGCGCACUCGGUGCUCCGGGGCCACGGCAAGGUGCACGCCAAGGUGCACGGCCGGCCGAACGGGCGGGCGGGCGGCCACCACGGCCUCGGCCACCGGGACUCGGCCGUGGCCGAGCUCACCAUCGAGUACUCCGUGUGCGUGGUGGGGGCCGUGGUGGGCGCGCAGGGCCCGCUGCUCGUUGAGCUGGCCCGGCCCCCCGCCCACCAGCUCGGCCUCACGCUGCGGACGGAGCGCGGCAGCGGCGGCAGGACGGCCGUCAUCGUGGACGACAUCAAGGCCGCCAGCGUGGCGGACAGGAGCGGCGCGCUGCACCGCGGUGACCAGAUCCUGGCCGUGGACGACCUCCGCGUGGACUGCACGGACCUGACCGCCAACGACGUGGUGUCGCUGCUGGGCGGCAGGGCGGGCGAGCGGGGCGAGGGCGCCAGCGUGCUGCGGGUGGAGAUCCUGCCGGCGCACUGCCGCCACCCAGGACUCCCGGGCACCCCGCAGCAGUACGGCAGCUCGCACGGCGUGCACCAGCGGUCGCCCUGCCCGUCCGAGUCGGGGCUGUCGGCGUACAACGCGCUGCGGACGCUGCGGGGCUACGACAACGGGUCGCUGGCGAGCAGCACCGGCGGCUCUGGGUCCGCGGGGCUCGUGAGCCACGUCGAGACGCUGGCCGUGCUGCUGCGCGCCGAGCCCCUCUCCGGGUACGGGCUGGCCGUCAGGGCCUCGGGGGCCUCCAGGACGCCGACGGUCAGCGCGCUGCACCCCGACGGCCCGGCGGAGAGGUCGGGCUGCCUCCAGGUCGGCGACCGCAUCGUGGCCGUGGACGACCGCGAGGUGGACGCCGAGCAGCUGGCCCUGCUGCUCGACAACCCGGGGCCGCCGCUGUCCUUGCGGGUGAGCUUCCCCGUGGCCGAGUCGGUGGUGCCCGCCAGCGGCGUGUUCACCGUGAAGCUGGCCAAGUGCCGGCCCGGCCUGGGCAUCACCAUCACCGGCAACAAGACGGGCGAGUACCUCUACAUCUCCGACAUCAAGUGCGGCUCCGUGGCGCACCGCUCCGGCACGCUGGCCGUCGGCGACCGCAUCCUGGAGAUCGACGGCUUGAGCUUGAGCGUCAACGCCACCGGCAGGGACCUGGGCCGCGCGCUGGACCACGCCGCCAGGAUCCUGCACAACAGCGGCGACGUGGUCACGCUCAAGGUGCUCAAGGACGAGGUGCCCGCAGGCUACAGCUGGGGCGGCUGGGGCGGCCCACCCCUCAGGUCCGGCUGGGCCAGCAACGCCUUCAACUGGUCCCGGACCAUCGAGUAUCCCAUGGAGGGCCAGUACGCCGCCAGCUCCGUGGAGUACUCGUCCGACUUCCCGGUGGAGUACCCCGUCGAGUACUCCGUCGAGUACACCGUGGAGCUGGUCCGCCACGGCGGCAGCCUGGGCCUCACCAUCGCCGGCUCCGAGGACCCGGCGGACUCGGUCACCAUCUCCGGGCUCACACCAGGCGGGCUGGCGGAGCAGACGGGCGCGCUGCACAUCGGGGACCGCCUGCUGGCCAUCAACGGGGAGUCCCUGCGGGGGCGUCGUCUGUCCGAGGCCAUCGCCAUGUUCCAGAACUCGGCCGACGUGGUCACCUUGAAAAUAGCCCGCGCCAGGAACGGCACGGCAGCGGGACACCAGCAGCAGCGCCCUGCCGCCGAGCGCGCCGAGCACAAGGGCGACCACAGUGACCUGGGCGGUCGCCUGGGCGGUCGCCUGGGCCCGCCGCACCCGGGCAUCCCAUCCGUGGACAGCGCGGUCGAGUCGUGGGACUCCUCGGCGUCGCAGAGGAACGCCUCUCCUGCGGGGACGCCGAUGAGCCCCCUGAGCCCCCUGCCGCCGCCGGGCUUCGGCAGCCCGCUGGGCGCUGGCCAAGCCGGCACCCUCGGCCAGCCAGGCAGGGUCAAACUCACCCCCCUGCCGCCCACCGUCGCCCCCGCCACCACACCCGGACCGCCCCUGUCCAGGAGGGCGGGCAGCUGUCCGAGCCUGGACUGCCUGCUGCAGCAGGAAACAGCGGGCCGUGGGUGGGACGGCGAGGACGGCGACGAGUCCCUGGAGGACCUGGACUCGGCGGCAGCGACCGCGGCCACCCUGUCACUGCGGGCGGCAGCCAACGACCCGGGCAAGGCGGGCGUCGCGGCCGAGGCCAAGACCCCCACCACGCCGCCCUCCCCGAUCUCUGUCUCGCCGCCAGCAAGCUUCCGCCAGGGCGGCCAGGGCCUCGCGGGGCCGUGGCCGUCGUCCAGCCAGAGUCCCUUGUGGCCGAGGCCACCGCCGUCUCCCUCGCCCGGGGGAGGCCGCCUCACGGCCGCCAAGGCCCUGAGCAACGACUGGCAGCAGAGACUGCGGCAGCAGCAGCAAAGCGGGGACAUUGUGGACAACGCGGCCGCGGCCGACUCCAAGUUGUCUUCAUUCCAGUGGGCCAGCAACGACGCCACCCUCCGCCGCCGAGGAGAGCCGCCCUCGCCCCCGGGCCGCGGCUUGGAUGACUUCGCCGAGCUCAACAACAACCUGCUGCGGGAGCCCGUGCCGAUGCCCGGCCCUUCCGGCCCCAGCCCCGGCCGCUUCCUCUUCGACGAGCACGACCAGCCCCACGCCGCCAACGCCAAGCGCGCGUCUUCCCUGCUCCUGGAGGAGGCCGCCGUGGACGCCCUGCGCCUCCAGGACCUGGGCCUGCACCACCCCAUGGAGCUGUACCAGGUUACAAUUUACAAAGACUCUGUUUAUGAAGACUUUGGCUUUAGUGUUUCGGAUGGUCUCUAUGAACGAGGAGUCUUCAUCAAUAGAAUACGAAAGGGAGGACCUGCAGAUGCCACGGGUGUUCUGCAGCCGUAUGACCGUAUCCUUCAAGUGAACGAAACAAGGACUCAUGACUUCGACUGCUGUUUGACUGUCCCUUUAAUAGCAGCUGCUGGAGAUCGCAUUCAGCUCAUAGUGGCAAGACACCAGGACACAUCAUACCAACUGCCUCUUGACGAAUCAUAUCUUGAUUCCAACACAGUGACUCAGACAAUCUGAUCUUUUUUUAAAAGUAGAGUUUCAAAUAAUAAAAAUAAUUUAGAAGGAAA